AUGCCGGAGGCUCGCGGCGACAUCAGGGAGAUUGUGGGUCAGCCGGUGUUUGUGCCGCUGCAGAAGCUCGCCAUGAUCUAUGGCAAGGUGUUCCGGCUGUCGUUCGGCCCUAAGAGCUUUGUGGUGGUGUCGGACGCAGCGGUGGCGCGCCACAUCAUGAUGACUAACGCCGCCAACUACUCCAAGGGCAUCCUGUCAGAGAUCCUCGACUUUGUCAUGGGCUCUGGGCUGAUCCCGGCUGAUGGAGAGGUGUGGAAGGCCCGGAGGAGAGUGGUGGUGCCGUCCCUGCACAGGAAAUACAUUGCCAACAUGGCGGGGCGCGCAGUCGAGAUGGAGAAUUUCUUUUCGCGGCUGACGCUGGACAUUAUCGGCAAGGCCGUGUUCAACUACGACUUUGACUCGCUGACUCAUGAUGACCCCGUCAUCCAGGCGGUGUACACCGUGCUCAGAGAGGCAGAAUACAGGAGCACAUACCCACUGCCAUACUGGCAGCUGCCCCUUAUGAUGUGGCUGGUACCUCGCCAGCGCCAGUGCGUGGAAGCUCUACGCAUCAUCAACACCACUCUGGACUCGCUCAUCGCCAAGUCCAAGCGCCUGUUUGACGAGGAAGAUCAGGAGUUUGGCGAGGACUAUCUGAGCGACAAGGAUCCCAGCAUCCUGCACUUUCUGCUCGCCAGUGGCGACGAGAUCACCAGCAAGCAGCUGAGGGACGAUCUGAUGACGAUGCUGAUAGCGGGCCAUGAGACGACCGCGGCAGUGCUGACGUGGACGCUCUUCUGCCUCACAGAUCGGCCCGACGUGCUCCGGCGCAUGCAGCAGGAGGUGAAUGAGGCGAUGCGGCUGUACCCUCAGCCGCCGGUCCUGAUCAGGCGCGCUCUGGAGGACGACGUUUUGGGCGGCUUCCACGUCUCGGCAGGCUCCGACAUCUUCAUCUCUGUCUGGAACAUCCACCGGGAUACUGGGUACUGGACUCGGCCGGAGGAUUUUGACCCGGAUCGGUUCUCUCUGGAGGGCCCCGUGCCAAACGAGACAACUGAGAACUUCAACUACCUGCCCUUCGGGGGCGGCAGGCGAAAAUGCAUAGGUGACCAAUUUGCGCUGUUUGAGUCGCUGUCAGCGCUGGCCGUUCUGCUACGGAGAUUCGAGUUUCGAAUGGCUCCAGGCGCGCCACCCGUCAACAUGACUACGGGAGCAACCAUCCACACAUCGGAGGGCCUGCUGAUGCAAGUAGUGCCGCGGACAAUUACAGAUCCGCUCGAGGGCUGCUCUGCUUUUGUGCGCUGUCUCAAGUCUUGAUACCCUGACAGUAAGGUGUCCUACUAAGGUGUGUCAGUACAGGAGUCUAGCUUCAGGGGUGUUUCCUUUGGUUGGUCACAGAUGACUGCUUAGUUUCUGCUGUCAUAGGUUGCAGCUGCGCAUGCAGGAUGCUUCCAAUAGCAUGCAAUGCAUGUGAUCUAUGAAGAUGCAGUUUGACUGUCCAAAGUUUCAUGUCUUCGGCUUUGCUUGUCCCAACACAUGUCUGUAAGUGUCCAUGUAGCCAUUCUUAAGAUCCAUCUUGGUGCAUUCUCGUGGGAUCUUUGAUGCCCGGAUCUCGAGGCGAGUGAGGGCCGCUCCAUUGGUGACUUGGAGUGCUUGCACCUGGUGCUUGAAUACAAGCUCUGAGUACCGGCUAUGGUAGGCUAGUCUCAUAUUUCUCUUUAGGGUGUGUUAUGGGGGGCUCCGAGUUCUCCAGAAGCAAUCAUGAAGUUGCCUGGUAAGCAUUACAUAAUC